CAAUAAUUGAAGUCGUCGAGUCGUCGACCAACCAAGAUGAUAAAAAGAGAAUGAGAUCCAGAUCUAGAUCUCACUCUCAAACACUCCACAAUUCCAUCAUUUCUAUUGGCGCUACAAUCCUGCUUCAUUUCUACCUGUAACUGGUUUCUUCUGUUGAGCUACUGAUAAUCUCAUUCAUAGGCAUUUCAAAGGGUUCCAUACCCAAAGACCGAAGCCCAGAAUUUCUAUUCGAUCACACUUCUUGGGACACAAAACAAUGGAAGUUGAAACUGCUGCUGCGGCCGCCUUCAUUAAUGUUGCAAUUGAAAACGUGAUCAACUUCUCAAGAAAGAUGUCACUAGGAAAGUUAAGCAAGAGUCUGGAAACUGUGCAGAUGAUGUUGAACAAUGAAGAGAUGACGCCGAGCGUCACCUCUGAGGUUUUCACACAGUGGCUGAAGAAGCUUGGACCUGUGGUGUUAGAUGCUGACAAUGUUGUGGAUGAACUCAAAUAUCAUCUUCUCUCCAAAGAAAUCAACAUUUUCAAACCUCACACCAUCAAGGCUAAGGUACUAACAUACUUGCCAUCCCCUAUUCUGGACACAACUGAGAUAAUCAUGGCCCCUAAAAUCAAUGAAAUCAAUGAGAAGUUGGAGCCCAUUAUCAAGGAAGGUAAGGAUGCUGGACUCAUUGGGGGAGCCGUGAAUGCACCUAGUCAGUUUAUUGCUACUGGAGGAGAGACUACUGUUUCUUCUUUUCCUGCUCCUGUUUUUGUUGGAAGAGAUGAUGACGUGCUCAAAUUAGCUGACAAGCUCAUCACAAACGCCACCAAGCAAGAGAAACAUGUGUUGUCCAUCCUUGCAAUUUUGGGCAUGAGCGGAAUGGGAAUAACAACAUUGGCUACAAAAAUCUUCAGUUGUGAAAGCAUCAUCACUCGAUUUGGCGAAUCACGUAUUUGGGUGCAUGUUGGCCAAGCUUUUGAUCCAAUCAUUCUUUACACUAAAAUCCUUGCAACAUUUACUUCUGAUCCAGCUGAGAGCAGGGAUGACAUUCUCAAAAGGCUUCAACAAUCUUUAAUAGGCAAAACUUUUCUCCUUGUUCUUGAUGAUGUCUGGUAUCAUGAUGUUGUGAUAUUGGAAGAUUUUCUAAAAUCGUUGAAUGGAGUUAUUACUACCAAGGGAAACGCCACUAUCAUCACUACCAGGGAUCAAAAGGUUGCUGAAACAGUGAAGCCUUUUCACAUUCAUCAACCUAAGGCCUUGUUAGAAGAAGAGUGCUGGUCCAUAAUAAAAAACAUAACUUUUGGAGAUCAAGGUGUGCAACCAGAUUUUGAGGAGAAAGGAAAAGAUAUUGCACGAAGAUGUGGGUCGUUGCCGUUAGCCACUUAUUUAGUUGGGGGAAUUCUUCGUGGUAAAACUCAACAACAAUGGGAGUUGAUUGCGAAUACAUUGCAGUCCCAAGAUGAGCAGAAACUUACCUCAGAAAUAUUGAGAUUGAGCUUUCAGAAUUUGUCUCCACCAUCACUGAAGAUGUGCUUCACAUACUGUUCAAUUUUCCCAAAAGGUCACAAAAUUGUUAAGCAGGAACUGAUUGAACUAUGGAUGGCACAAGGAUUUCUUGAAUCAAAUGAUAAAGAUGACAUGGAGUUUGUGGGAGGCACGUUUUCAAAUGUACUUGUACACAACUCAAUGCUUCAAGUUGCAGAGACGGAUGAAAAUGGAAAUGUGGAAAGUUUUGUGAUGCAUGAUUUGUUGCAUGAUCUAGCAUCGUCUGUUUCAGGUUCUCAAUAUAGUGGAGAUGGCUUGGUCCCAGUCCACUACCUGACUCUCGAAGAAAAAUCAAGUCCUGUCACAAAAGAAAUGGCAAAACAUGUGCGCGCGUUAUUCGUGGAAGGUGGUGAAAUUUCUGAUAACAUGCUCUCAGACUAUCCAAGUCUACGCACUCUUAGUCUUACAAGGGUAAAAGAGUUGCCUGAUUCAAUCAGCAAAUUGAUACAUUUGAGAAAUCUUAAUAUUUCAAAGUCAUGGAUUACACAAUUGCCAGAGUGGAUUGGUGAACUCCAUAACUUGCAAACACUAAGAGCCGAUACGAAACAUUUGUGGAAACUGCCAAGUACGUUGAAGUACUUGAUUAACUUGAGGCAUCUUUAUGUUCUCUCUCGUGUAAAGUUACCGGCUGAGAUGGGGAGGUUAACUAAUCUUCGAACACUGAGGCACUUUGCAGUGGGUGAAAACAAGGGCUAUCAAAUUGAAGAGUUAUAG